UCCGCAGAACUCCACUCCAAGAUGCUGCCAAGAUCGUUACACUCGACGCUGCUAGCGUGUCUGCUGCUGGCGUCCGCGCUCAGUAUAGAGGGCGCCAAGCGACGUUCCCGACUGGACCUGCCCAUCUCGAAGCCUGCGGAGGCCCCACUCGAGGAUAACCUGGCGACGGCAUCGGGCGGCUCGGAUCCGGCGUACGACCGGGCCGAACCACCGGCCGCAGUUGUGGCGACGUCGGCGGCACCCGCUGCCGCGCCCAGCUCGACGGAGGUGGACACGGCCAACAGUUCCGGCAGCGGAAGCUCCGAAAACAGCUCGCAGAUGAUCGACGAGUACACCGACGAGGACUGCGAUCCGGACUUUGUGGCGUUCGAGCUGGUUACCGGCUACGUCUUUUCCGCGCCGAACAAACUGCUCGACUCGAUCCCCGGAACGCUGAUGCUGACCGACUGUCUGGAGGCCUGCCAGAGCAACGAUUCCUGCUCGUCCGUCAACUACGAAACCGGCCUCUGCGUGCUGUUCUCGUCCAACUCUGACAAAUUGCCAGGUGCCCUCACCAAGUCCCAGUUCCCGGUGUUUACGAUCUACGCCCAAAAGUCCUGCCUGAAGCUGCGUCCGUGCGAGCGCGCCUGGUGCAUCGACCGCGUCCAGGGCUACAAGCUGAACGGCCACGUCAAGCGUACCGCCACCGUCCUGAACCGCCGCGACUGUCUCGAGAUGUGCCUGGGCGAGAACGAGUUCACCUGCCGGUCUGCCAACUACUACCAGUCGACCAACACUUGCGAGCUGUCCGACAUGGACCGUAUCACGCUGGCCGGAUCGAGUGCCUUCGCCGCGACCGACGGAUCGGACUACCUGGAGAACAACUGCGCCGAGGAGCCAACCAAGCUGUGCGAGUUCAAGCGUAUGUCGGGCCGCAUUCUGAAGACCGUGGAUUCCGUGUACCAGGAGGUGCCCAGCGUGGACGAGUGCCGUGAACUGUGCCUGAGCUCGCCCUACCGUUGCCACUCGUACGACUACGGAGAUACCGGAGACAUGGUGUGCCGUCUGUCCCACCACAGCCGUGCCACUCUUGCCGACAUUCAGGAUCCCUAUCUGGACGUGCCGGAAGCCGCCACCUAUGAACUGAGCUCGUGCUACAACGUUUCGAUCGAGUGCCGCGCCGGAGACAUGAUCGCCAAGAUCCGCACCUCGAAGCUGUUUGACGGAAAGGUCUACGCCAAGGGAGCCCCCAACUCGUGCUCGGUCGAUGUCAAGAGUGCUCUGGAGUUUGAACUGCGCAUGGGAUACCAGGAUAUCGAUUGCAACGUGCGCCAGAACGGACUGGGACGCUACCUGAACGACGUUGUCAUCCAGCACCACGAUACGAUCGUUACCUCGUCGGAUUUGGGACUUGCCGUCACCUGCCAGUAUGACCUGACCAACAAGACUGUGUCCAACGACGUUGACCUGGACGUUACCGGAGACAUCGAACCUGCCCUGUCCGAGGAGGUCGUGGUCGACUCACCGAACGUAGUCAUGAAGAUCACCUCUCGCGACGGCUCGGACAUGAUGCGCACCGCCGAGGUCGGAGAUCCCCUGGCCCUCCGUUUCGAGAUCCUCGACCAGCAGUCCCCCUACGAGAUCUUUGUCCGCGAGCUGGUUGCCAUGGACGGAGUCGACAGCAGCGAAAUCACCCUCAUCAAUGCCCGCGGAUGCCCGACCGAUCACUUCAUCAUGGGACCGAUCUACAAGAGUGCCGGAUCCGGAAAGAUUCUGCUGUCGCACUUUGACGCCUUCAAGUUCCCCUCCUCGGAGAUGGUUCAGUUCCGCGCCCUCGUCACCCCGUGCAUGCCCACGUGCGAGCCCGUCCAGUGCGACCAGGAUGACUUUGCCGCCGGCGAGCUGCGCUCGAUCGUGUCGUACGGACGCAAGCGCCGCUCGGUGAACGCCACCGCCGACUUUAGCCUGCGCCGCGAACGUCGCGAAACCACCCACCAGGCGCCCCAGGACGACAUGCUGCUGGUGCAGUCCAUCCAGAUCACCGACAAGUUCGGCUUCGAGAAGCAGCAGCAGGCCAAGCCCAAGAUCAGCAGCAGCGAGACCGUGUUCGUCGCGUCGUCCGACGCCCAGGGCAUCUGCGUCAACGGACUGGGACUCAUCGUGGCCGCGGCCGUCUUCCUGCUCGGCCAGCUCGCCGUCAUCGCCAUCUGGACGUUCCUGUGGCAGCGCCGCCGGAAGCAGCGCCAGUUCGAGGGCGCCUCGAUGGGCUCGUCGGUGAUGCCCAGCCCCACGAUGACCGCCAGCCGAGGGGACUCGAUGUGCAAGCUGUACGACAGCGGCUACGCCGGAAGGCACUUUUAAGGAUCCUACCGCUCUGAACACUGUCUUCUUCCCCCUUCCAAAACAACAAGGCUGAUCUACUAAUUUUCCCGCGCUGCACCACCUUUUUCUCUCGAACGAAAUCUGACCCGCUUUCCUUUCCCGAGUUGUCUCGUAAUGUUUAGGAUUAGGAUUGUCGCUCCGUUUUUGGCGGAGGGACGCGCAAAGAAUCGAACGCAACGGAACUGCCAUUUAAUGGUCUAAUUUUUGUUUUAUAAAAUCGUUUCGUCCCCAUUAAGCAAAAACAACAACAAAAACAGUAUCGGCACAUUCAAUACGAGACCAGUACCGGGAUGUUUUUGAGGACAUCCCUCGCGCGCCUUCAGUUUUACACAGACAUACACAAUUCAUAACCUAUUUAUGUAAUCUGCCGAAAUAGUUGUAUUCUCCCUUUCCUAAGAGUAGCAAAGUAGUGUUUGCCACACUCUAACUCUUUACUUAGAAGAAAAGAAACCUAACUUAUUUUUUACAUACACACACACACAAACACAUUCCCAAAAUACACACACACACACACACACACAAUCAAGAAGGGGAGAAUAGGACGACUGGAGUAUAGACGCAAUUUAAGCCCAAUUGUAAAACCUUUACGAGAGAGAGAGAGUGAGAGCGCGAAAUGUUUUCGUGAAAUUCGUGAAAAUUAUAGUAUUCUUACAAAGUGAGCAAGUGUGAGUGCGAGAGAGACAGAGACCGACUGCUUAUUUAGUGUGUGCGUGAAUGCGACUUAGGCUUAGCUGAAAGUAACACAAAAAAAACUUCCCCUUCUCGAAACGAAAAUGCACAAAAAAAUUCACGAACAACAAGCUAAAUUUAAAAAUCUCUUCUAAACAAGCGAAAAAAGUUUAUACUCCUUUGUCCUUUUCUCCCGGAGCGACGCAGCCCCUCCUCUGAAAAGGGGCGCGGAGGGACCAUCAACACAGGAUACUAACACUGAGAGAGCACCCCACGCCCUCCGCCCCCAUGGCUCGUCGCUCAAUUUUAAGCAUUUAUCGUAAUUUAUUUUUUAUUCAUUAAUCCCUAACUUUUAGUAGCCGAUUCCGUCUUUGAAAGCAGAGAAAAAAUGAUAUACUUUUUCUCCGUUUUGUAAUUUAUUUUAGCAGUGACAUACCCCUCCCUACUUUCCAAAAACCUUUCAUUAAAACAUAGUUACAGAUUACAGAAUGCAAUAAGAUAAAAACGAACACUUGACAACAAAUAGCGUAAACAAAACCGUACUUGUAGAGUUUAAUUGCUUAGAACAGAUCAUAUAGGCUUCUCAUUUCAAUCUUUUUUUAAUUCCCCUAUUUAAAGCAAAUAACUGUUUAUUUAUAGAAACAAACAAUCAUAGCCUAACAUACAUAAACAAUCACACAAACACACGCAAACACUAACCAUUCAUCAUCAAGCAUUAGUUGUGACUUACUAGGAAAAAAAA